CUUCCGCCUCCCUGCGGAGGCGGCUUGUUGUUGUGCAGGCCAAGAUGGCGGCACAGGCGGCGGCUGCGGCGCAGGCGGCGGCCGCGGCUCAGGCUGCCGCCGCGCAGGCCGCGCAGGCCGAGGCAGCCGAGUCGUGGUAUCUGGCUCUCCUGGGCUUCGCGGAGCACUUCCGAACGUCCAGCCCGCCCAAGAUCCGCUUGUGCGUUCACUGCCUGCAGGCCGUGUUCCCCUUCAAGCCGCCUCAGCGGAUCGAGGCCCGGACGCACCUGCAGCUCGGCUCGGUGCUUUACCACCACACGAAAAACAGCGAGCAGGCGCGCAGCCACCUGGAGAAGGCGUGGUUGAUAUCACAACAAAUCCCACAGUUUGAAGAUGUUAAAUUUGAGGCAGCAAGCCUGUUGUCAGAGCUGUAUUGUCAAGAGAACUCUGUGGACGCAGCAAAACCGCUGCUGCGGAAAGCCAUCCAGAUCUCACAGCAGACGCCGUACUGGCACUGCCGCCUGCUCUUCCAGCUUGCUCAACUGCACACACUGGAGAAAGACCUGGUAUCUGCCUGUGACCUCCUGGGCGUAGGGGCUGAGUAUGCCCGAGUCGUGGGAUCUGAAUAUACAAGGGCAUUAUUCCUGCUCAGCAAGGGGAUGCUGCUGCUGAUGGAACGCAAACUGCAAGAGGUGCACCCACUGCUCACACUGUGUGGGCAGAUUGUGGAGAACUGGCAAGGCAACCCCAUCCAGAAGGAGUCACUACGUGUCUUCUUCCUGGUGCUGCAGGUGACCCACUACCUGGAUGCUGGGCAGGUGAAGAGCGUCAAGCCAUGCCUGAAGCAGCUGCAGCAGUGCAUACAGACCAUCUCCACGCUACAUGAUGAUGAAAUCCUACCCAGCAACCCUGCUGACCUCUUCCACUGGCUGCCCAAGGAGCACAUGUGCGUGCUCGUCUACCUGGUCACAGUGAUGCAUUCAAUGCAGGCUGGUUACUUGGAGAAGGCACAGAAGUACACAGACAAGGCGCUCAUGCAGUUGGAGAAGCUUAAGAUGCUGGAUUGUAGCCCUAUCCUGUCAUCCUUCCAAGUGAUCCUUCUGGAACACAUCAUCAUGUGCCGGCUUGUCACAGGCCACAAGGCCACUGCACUACAGGAGAUCUCCCAGGUCUGCCAGCUGUGCCAGCAAUCCCCUAGGCUCUUCUCCAACCAUGCUGCCCAGUUGCACACACUGCUGGGCCUGUACUGUGUCUCCGUGAACUGCAUGGACAAUGCUGAAGCCCAGUUUACCACAGCCCUUCGGCUCACCAACCACCAGGAGUUGUGGGCCUUCAUCGUGACCAACCUUGCGAGUGUGUAUAUACGGGAAGGAAAUAGACACCAAGAGGUACUGUACAGUUUGCUUGAGAGGAUAAACCCAGACCACAGCUUCCCGGUCAGCUCACACUGCCUCCGAGCAGCAGCCUUCUACGUGCGAGGGCUCUUCUCCUUCUUCCAGGGCCGCUACAACGAAGCCAAGCGAUUUCUUCGAGAAACUCUAAAGAUGUCGAAUGCAGAGGACCUGAAUCGCCUCACAGCCUGCUCCCUCGUGCUGCUGGGUCACAUCUUCUAUGUGCUAGGAAAUCACAGGGAGAGUAACAACAUGGUGGUACCUGCCAUGCAGCUGGCCAGCAAGAUCCCAGACAUGUCUGUACAGCUGUGGUCAUCUGCUCUCCUGAGAGACCUAAACAAGGCAUGUGGGAACGCCAUGGAUGCCCAUGAGGCCGCACAGAUGCACCAGAACUUCUCACAGCAGCUGCUGCAGGACCACAUUGAGGCUUGCAGCCUCCCAGAGCACAAUCUCAUUACGUGGACAGAUGGCCCACCCCCUGUGCAGUUCCAAGCUCAGAAUGGACCCAACACCAGCCUGGCCAGCCUUCUGUGAGGCCUGUGUCCCCAACUUGGACCCAACACUGGAACUCUCUGGGAACAAAACCACCAGGGUGCCCACCAGUCCCUCACCAUUGUCCAGAGCUAAGUUCCAAGAGUGCUGGAGCCAUCAUCUGCCUCUGAGGGUGACAGCCAAUUGCACCUGAUCCAGGACUCAGUGCCAUCUGUUGAAGGGACCGAUGGCCUCACCUGUGUCUGGGUGUCACCUGAGAAGAACAGGAUGACAGUGUGUGGGGGGCCACCAUCUGAGUGCUCAACCAAACCUAAGUGCAACUGCACGAAGCAGCUUCCAGCCCAGGGCAAGCCGAGGGGAGAGCAGCAGUUCUCACUUUCCUCAGCCUGCUGUUCCUCAGGGACUUCUUAACCUGAGUGGUCCUCCCAGGUGACCCAGUGCAGGGGAGGAGCUUGCAAAGAGGUGUGCAUGUGCAGUUGAUGAGGCUGAGACUUCGUGUGCCCUUAAGAAGCUCCUUGCUCACACUCAGCAUCGCCUCUUGACCCUGCCUAAGCACUAGGCAGGGGUCCCAUCGGACCUGAAUGAGGGGGUUUCCGUCCUGGCAGCUAUGUGGCUUUCCCAUGGAGGACAGUUAUGGGAUCAGGUCAGCUCCUCGUGUCUUGAGAGCUGCCCUGAGGGUGACAGUGAGGAGGGGUGCAGGGCAGUGGUUCCUGCCGGCUCGUUGUAUCUAGGCAGGUGCUCACUAGGCAGUGUGAAGAUCACUUCUCAGAGCUUUGGCAUCUGUGACUGAAGGGAUGAAGCUCCAAGGCCUUCAUGGACAUCCUUACUGAGCCAUGUGGCAGCACUGCCCAUGGCCAGGUGCUCCCAGCCCUUCUGUCUUCCUCUAGCCCUUUGGGUCCCAGGGACCUGCAGCACAGCCUUGCCUAUUUAUUUAAGCUUUUUUUUUUUUUUUGCUUCUAGGGCAUUUUGUCGUUUUGUACAUAAGGCAGUUCAAACAAGGACCUGUUGACUUGCCAUCUGUCCUGAUGUUAGAGUGCUUUUAGUGUCCAUAUCUCAGGCAUGCAAGAGCUCAGGACAGGGCCAUGACAGACUCCAUAGUCAGUGUUGAGAUUCCACCUCCAUGACCCCAGCACAGUUGCCACAGUGUCCAGUAGUCCAGUAGCUAAAGAUUGGGGUGGGGUGGAAUCCCCGAGGGGCUAGCACACAAAGGUAUUAUAGCCCAGGAGUUACUAAGAGCCAGCCCUGAGCCAGGCUAACUGUAGCCCUAUAUGAGCCCUUAAGCCACAGAUGACACUCUGAGUGAAGGAAGGCAUGCCAUCUAUUGAGAGGGUUGGUUGGUUUGUUUUCAUAAACAUGGUGGCGUUGCCUGGUUUUAGUGGCCUUUUAAUCGAGAAGUGCAAACUGAGAUCUGUGAGAAGUCUGUUUGCUGAUCUCUUCCUUUAGGACCACUACUCCCUCAGACUUUCCAUUUCCCACCCUCAGCCCUGCCUGCAUCCCCUCUCCCGUAGACUGCAGCCCAGAGGCAGAGGCAUCGCCUCUUUUUCAACUCAGCCUGGUAGAAAGCUGGUCCACAGCCUCUUUUUCUGUUUGGUUUUGGCUGGAUAUUAACUGCUUUUUUGUUGUUUUUGCUUCUUUUGAAGACUCUGGUGUCACACCUCAGCCUCCAAGUGCCAGGCUUUUAGAGUUUGGCUUUGGGAUUUUGAUUUGAAGGGGCAGUGUUUAGAGCUUUUGUUUUUUGAGACAGUAUCUCUUGUUCAUGGGUGACCUUGAACUCUGAUUCUUUUGCCUCCACCACCCUAGUACUGGGAUGACAGACAUGUGCCAUUGUGCCAUUUACCUGGUGCUGCUAGGCUAGCAUUCUGCCAACUGAGCCAUAGUUUUAUCCUGUGGCCCUAUUUUGAUACAAUAUUUGGUUUGGACCCUCUGUGAAGGGUGUUCAACCCUACAGUUUUAGCACACAGCCCCUAGACAGGCUUGCUCCUGUACCCAGAUGUCCCUUUAUUCCCCAAGACCUUAAAAGGCAGAAACCAACUGGACAUGGUGGCUUACACCUGUCAUCACAGCAUUUGGAAGGCUAAGGUGGGAGAACACUCCCAAGUUACAUGCCAGUAAGGGUUACACAGUGAAAUAUGAAUAAACCAAUAAAGGAAAGCCUGACCCAACCCCUGUGCUCCAGGGAAGGGAAGGCUUUUUGCUUUUCCAUA